CCUAACGAGUGCCGGCGCUGUAAGAAAGAGGGCCACAAAGCGGCCGAAUGUACUGAAGAGGUGUUGGGAGAGGACGGCAAACCCCUUCCGCCGCCUUAUCGGCCGAAACAAGUGGACGAAGACUCUGAGGACUUGUAUAACACGACCCCUCAGGGCAUCAAUUUUGACAGAUAUGACAAGAUUAAGGUGAGUGUGUCCGGCAAACUGCCGCCCGAAGCCAUCAACGCCUUCUCCGAUAUCAUCAAAAGUCCGCUAAUGACUGAAGCGAUCGAGAAAUGCAAAUAUACUAAACCGACGCCGGUUCAGAAGUACGCCAUUCCUAUAAUCGCCGCAAAGCGUGAUCUCAUGGCCUGCGCUCAGACCGGCUCUGGAAAGACUGCGGCUUUUAUUUUGCCAAUUCUUCAAGACUUGUUGUCAAUGACAGACUUGCCUUCGCUGUACGGACAGGCAGUACAGGAGCCGCUCUGUGUGAUCAUCUCUCCGACCCGUGAACUGGCCAUUCAGAUCCACACGGAAGCGGUGAAGUUCGCGAAGGGCAGUAUCGUUAAGCCGUGUCUGGUCUACGGCGGCACUUCGUCGGGCUAUCAAUUGGCGAACAUCUCUCGCGGCGCUCACCUCCUGGUGGCGACUCCGGGACGGCUUCUGGACUUCGUCUCGAAGGGCAAGAUAUCGUUCGGGAACUUAAAGUACUUGGUUUUGGACGAAGCGGACCGUAUGAUCGAUCAGGGCUUCCUCCCAGAGGUGCGCCGAAUGGUUAAUCACGAGACGAUGCCUCACAAGAACGAGAGACAGACGCUUAUGUUUUCGGCCACUUUUCCCGAAGAAGUGCAACGUUUGGCGCAAGAGUUUCUCAAUGAGAACUACAUAUUCAUAACGGUUGGUAUCAUCGGUUCGGCCAACGCUGACGUCACCCAAGCGUUUGUCGAAGUGGACGGCAAACAGAAGCGCUCGAAACUGAUGGAUGUGUUGCAGAGUUGCGACUCUAAUGACAGGACUUUGAUAUUCGUGGAGAGGAAGAAGACGGCGGACUUCAUCGCGUCGUUCCUCUCGCAGAAGAAUUUGAUGACUACAUCCAUACACAGCGACCGCUUUCAGGGCCAACGAGAGCAGGCGUUGUUCGACUUCCGCUCGGGACGAAUGCCAGUACUUGUGGCCACUUCUGUGGCCGCGCGCGGACUCGACAUCAAAGACGUGAAACACGUUAUUAAUUACGAUUUGCCCAAUACUAUCGAUGAGUACGUCCAUCGCAUCGGCCGUACGGGUCGUGUCGGCAACAUAGGAAAGGCCACCUCUUUCUUCGACCCGUCCAGUGAUAACGACGUGACUCUCACCGCAAGCCUCGUGAAGAUCUUGGAGGGCGCGGAUCAAGAGGUGCCGCAGUUUCUGCGCGACUCGUCGUCGGGCGUCCGCACCGACUAUAACUCAGCGGACUUCGGAGGCACUGAUGUUCGCGGAGGAGAAACCACCGCUGCGUCGACGGCCGCCGCUGACGACUGGGAUUAAUAGAUUUUUAACUUUUUUGUGGGCAUCUAUUCUGUUGUUUUAGCCCUAAUUUCUCAUUAUUUGAUACAUUAUAACAGUUAUUGAAAUACUUUUAUAUUUGAUUUGUUUUUCUAUUUGAAAUGAUUAUAAUUGAAAAGUUGAACAAAAUAUAAGAAAAUUAUCAGAUUAUUGGAAAAAUAUUGCAUUUUAAAGCAAACAUUUGUCAUUUAAAUACUUUAGUUUUUUAUUGUUU